UUCAUGAUAACUUUUAUUUCCCACGAAACGCUGUAAUACCGAUAACUGAAAUCGGAAAAAAGAUGUUAUACGACCAGCUUGGAUUUUAUAUUUUUAUUUAAACAAUAAACAUCGAAAUUCGAAGACUUCGUUUUUGAUUGAUCGCGAACGUGCGUAUUGUAUUCCUAUAAUAACGAUGUUAAUCCGGUGUAUGCUUACUAUGCAAGAUUUAAACGUUCCACAGUCGAACCCGCGGCGGCUCAAAUCGUGUGUGAUGACUAAAAAAAUAAACUCUGCCUAUUAUCUGUGCGUGAAGAACUCAUCGUGUCCGCAGGUUAAAAACUUCAACUUGGCAAAUUUGAAUAAAAUAUACCAUAAAUUCGUUGCAUCAGGGAAGAUGGGAUUGGAGUUUAAAGAGCCCAAACAAUUAUUGUCGAUAGAUUCCCAAAACAAGACAGAGAUUAACAUGUUGUACAGUCACAUUAAGGCAAUUCAUGAAGGGAAAAAUGUGAACAUCGCUACACGUCUAAUGCCCAAGUCGGUACCUUCUAAAAAAGCCGUUUUGAAUCAUUUUGAUAUAAUGGCUGUCGAGUUUGUAUCUGUUGAUCGUUUUGAUAAUCGUCUGUUGAACAUGCGAUAUUUGACCACACUUACGAUGGAAAAAUGUGACUUGCCAAUGAUCCCUGUAGAAAUUGGUCAUUUAUCAAUUAAAUAUCUCGACAUAUCGGGUAGUAAACUUCCUAUCAAUCAAGAUACCUUUUGGAAUUGGACGUCCAUGACAGUAAUAUGCGGUUCAUUAAUAACUUUAAAAAUUAAUUCGAUUGGCAUAACAAGAUUGCCUUUUGAAAUAAUGUUCCUAAAAAAUCUACAAACUUUAUCUGCAACCAAAAAUAGACUGACAUAUUUGCCUCAAUUCAUUGGUGAACUUAAGAAACUCAAAGCCUUGUUUGUUAAUGACAAUAAGUUAGUAUACUUACCUCAUUGUUUAUCUUCUAAAUUGUUUAACGAAAUGGACAUGUCAAAUAACUCAAUUCGUGGUAAAGUUAAAUCAGGUGAUGAUCACUUAUUUAAAUAUAUAACUGCAUUAAAAACUGUACAAAAAAACGUUGUUGAAGAUUCUAUAACAUCACUUAGUCAUUUGUCAUUAUACAAUUUGAUGGAUAAUUGUGUACCGUUUAAGAGACAAGAUAUACCUCGUACACUAUGGAUACACUUUAAUGUAAUGGGUCGUUGUAUUGUAUGUAAGAGAUGGAUACUACCAGAUUACUGUAAAAUAGGUUUUAAAUAUUCUACACCUAUGGCAAUACGUUUAAUAAAAGAUCAAAACGAUAUUAUUCCAUGGCAAUUUAUUAUUUGUAAAAUUCAAAAUAACUGUAAGAGACUGGCUUAGUAUAAGCCAUAUUUAUAUAUAUAUGAAAGUAUAAGUAUAACUAUUUAUUAAAUAAGUGAUUAAAAGUAAAUUACAUAUUCGAUUAUUGCUAUUAUUCAUUGUUUUAUCAUGAAUCCAAUAAUUAAUUAUAAUAAUUUGAUUUAUGUGGUUUUUUUAUUUUAAAUUAUAUAUUUUUUUAUUAACCAUGGUAAAUUAUCUGAUUAUAUAUAUUUAUACAUGUGAUAUUAAAAUAGUCCGCUUUUAUUGUAUAAAAAGAA